AUGGCAGCGACGAAUGAUACAUUGCCCGAUCGUGGAUCACAGACGCCACUCUCGCUCAUCGACAAGAACUUAGACAUCUGCCGAGGCGUCAUCGCCGUCAUAGGUAUGCUGGCUAAUGGGUUUGUCAUUUACGUGUUCCUACGAGUCCGCUUUCUGCGAUCUAUCACUAAUCUGUUCCUUAUUAACCAGUCCGCUAUAGACUGUCUCUGUUCUGCUUUCUUAGUCGCGAUGAAAUUUAUUCCCAUCAGCUGGCCACUGCAAUUUGGAGCUUUCAACGAUUUCAUCUGCAAGAUAUGGGUAUCUGAAUAUCUUAUGUAUGGUCUCAUAGUGGCAUCUACCAUGAACUUAGUCUGUGUAACAAUUGAACGAUAUAUAGGUAUCGUAUACCCAUUGUUUCAUCGCGGUUAUUUUACUGACAGGAAAGCCAAGAUCAUGAUUGUUUUUGUUUGGGCAUGGGGCUACGCUUGCGAAUUGGUAUGGAUGAUAGUGAACGGAGCCGAAGACGGCAUCUGCAUGAUGCAUUUUCCGAGUACUACCUACCUACAUUUCAACGGCUUCUGGUUUAUUACAGUCAUUUUCAUCUUACCCGUCACGAUCAUGUUGUAUGCUUAUAUACAUAUGUUUAUUUCACUGCGACACAAGAACAUAAACAUAGCAAACGUUGAGGCGUCUGGCAGGACUGUCAAAAUGGAGAAAGCCCGGCGAAACGUUAUCAAAACCCUGGCAACUGUGUUCAUUAUGUAUAUCAUAUGUUGGCUACCCGAGCAGGCCAUGUAUUUCCAAUACUGUGUCGGAAUACCAGUAGAUCUGACGGGGAUCAAGUUCAACGUCGCCCUGCUGCUGAUUAACUGCAACAUGAUAGUCAAUCCAUUCAUCUACACAAUACAGUAUAACCAGUUUAAGCAGGGAGUGCGCACGGCAUUUCGCCAAAGAACGACCUCAGCUAUCGCGCCUCUUCCGGCGAACCCUGCAGAUGUUGAACAAGGGGGUAUCAGCCUGCCAAAAAGAACAGCAACGUCUACGGAAAGCGCCUCUAACAUUUAA